UCACGAUUACAGGUGCAAGUUCUCAAAACCAGGGACACAGAAACAGUUUUGUUACGAUAAACCCACGAGGUGCACCUGCCUGCAUUUUCUCCUGCAAUAUCUGAACCGCCACCUUUGACAUUCAAAACACCAACAUGGCUAAAAUCAAAAAACUCUCGCAAAAGAAAGUAUCAACGGUAUUCGAGCUGUUUGCCGUGUUAAUUGGCUCUGUCUUCGGCUUUGUUUUUACUAUCGUCUUCGCAGAGCAAUUGCAAAUGGCAAAUUUCAAGAGAAACCAGAUGUCCCCGUCCAGUUCCGGCGCCAUAUUCCAUGAAGUCGUGACAACAGAGGCUGACAAACUGACAAAGGAAGUGCGAAAUUUGUGCUGGAUCUUGACGCAGCCCAAAUCGCACUACAGGAAGGCAGUUCACGUGAAGAACACUUGGGGGAAGCGGUGCGACAAACUCAUCUUCAUGAGCACGGAAAACGAUACGAGUCUCGGGGCUGUCGCGCUGGACACCCCCGAAGGGCGCGAGAAUCUGUGGGGCAAGACGAAGGCAGCUUUCAGAUACGUUUAUGAACACCACUUGGAGGAAUACGACUGGUUCCUGAAGGCGGAUGACGACACGUACACAAUUAUAGAGAAUUUGCGUUAUAUGCUCAGCAACUAUGACCCAAAAUUCCCCAUUUAUUUUGGAUCAAGACUUAGAUUGUUCUACAAAGAGGGAAUCCUGGGGGGAGGUUCCGGUUACGUCCUGAGCCGAGAAGCAACAAGAAAGUUCGUGGAAGAGGCCUUGCCCAAUAAAUCAAUAUGCAAGCAAAGCAAUCAGGGUCUGGAAGAUGUUGAGAUAGCUGGUUGUCUGCUGAAGAGUGGAGUCCUGAUCGGCGAUUCCCGAGACAGCUUGGAACGUGGUCGGUUCUUCCCAUUAGGACCUCACAUCCACAUCAGGGGGGGUAUUCCUCAGUGGUAUAAGAAGAACGCCUUUUACAAGCCCUAUGCGGGCUUUAACGACUGCUCAGAAUCGGCCAUCGCCUUCCACUACGUCGCUCCCGAACUCAUGUACUGGUACGACUUCCUGCUGUACUUCGUGAGGGCCUUCGGGGUCCAGCGCCAGCAGCCGUUUCCUGCCGAGUUGCCGCCCGGCGUCAGGGGUCUGCCGCGAGAGGUCUUUGAGAAACUUGUCCUCCCUAAGAACGUUACGGAAGCCAGGUCAUUUCAACAAACGUAACAAGUUUGUUGAACAAGCAUAUAUUAGUGGGUACGUAAAUAUAUACAUAUAUACAUAUACACACACACACAUAUAUAUAUAUAUAUGUGUGUGUGUGUGUGUGUAAUAAAUAUAUAUGUA